AUUUGACCAAAUACCAUAAACUCUCCCAAUUAUUAAACGACGCAUUUCAAAACUUUAAUUUGAACAAUCCAAUGUCUUAUUCAGUCUUCCCCUUAGAUGCAAAUUACUUACUUAUUUACAGUGUGGCAAAAAAAUCCAAUCUUUAUUCAUAAAUAACUUUCUUUGUUUACUUUGCUCUUUUCUUUUUACUUUCUCUUUCUCUCUCAUUGUGUCUCUCUGUCAAAUCUAAGAAUAUAAUGCUAAGAAACUCAUUUGGAGAGAGAAAGAACCAAAAAAACAAAAAUCACAGAAGAGUUUGUAAGAGAUAACAGAGCAAUGGGGUAACUUUGAACAAGAUGCGGCUGAAGAUUUACUAUCACAGCUGCUGAUCAUCAAAAUCCCAUUUCCCGGUUUUUUUUUUGUGUUUUUGUUAAGUGCUUGUUAGCUUUGAAACUUGGAAUAGAAUCUCACCGUUGCACAUCAUUGAUCUUUGACUGAAUAGGUGCAAGUGAUUCAGAAUAAAGAUCUAUUAGAGUAGUGGAACAGAAUUAGAUUGUUAUUCUGGCCUGGACCCAUUACUUGAGUUUUUGUAAAGACCAGGCUUUUGCAAAGCCGAAACUCAUCGCGUUAUUGCUUGUUGGUGGAAUUAUGGCAACUUCAGUACAUUCUGAGUCUAGGCGCUUGUAUUCUUGGUGGUGGGAUAGUCAUAUCCCCAAGAAUUCUAAAUGGCUUCAGGAAAAUCUUACAGAUAUGGAUUCUAAAGUUAAAGCGAUGAUCAAACUGAUCGAAGAAGAUGCGGAUUCUUUUGCAAGACGAGCGGAAAUGUAUUAUAAAAAACGGCCAGAGCUCAUGAAAUUAGUUGAGGAGUUCUAUAGAGCUUACCGUGCUUUAGCAGAGAGGUAUGAUCAUGCAACUGUUGAGCUUCGCCAUGCCCAUAAAACCAUGUCGGAAGCCUUUCCCAACCAGGUUCCUUUCGUAUUGGCUGAUGAAUCAUCCUUGGGCUCUUCAGGCCCCGAGGUUGAGCCUGACACACCAGAAACCCCACAUCCUUUUCGUGCAUUCUUUGAUUUGGAUGACUUGCAAAAGGGCUCUGGGAUAAACAAAAGGGGUUUAAAGCAGUUGAAUCAGAUGUUUGAAUCGGGAUUAGUGUCUCCAAAUGCCAACAUUACUGUGAAGAAGGGGAAUGGUGGUGAAGCUGAGGAAAAUGAGCAGAGUGGGUUAUCUCAGUUAUCGAUUGAGAAUGAAAAUUUGAAGAAUCAAGUUCUUUCCGAAGCUGAGCGUGCAGGUAAAGCUGAAAGUGAAGCAGAUUUCUUGAAGAAAACUCUUGCCGAGAUUCAAGCCGAAAAGGAAGAUGUCCUUCUUCAUUACCACCAGAGUUUAAAGAAGUCAUCUAGCCUCGAAAGAGAACUUAACGAAGCACAAAUGUAUGCCGGGAAUCUUGACGAACGAGCCAGCAAAGCUGAAAUCGAGAUCAAAGUUUUCAAAGAAGCAUUAAGUAAACUUGAAGCCGAACGAGAUGCUGGUCUUCAUCAAUACAAUCAGUGCUUGGAAAGAAUAUCCAGCUUGGAGAAUACCAUUUCCCAAUCCCAAGAGGAAGCAAAAGGGCUUAACGAGAGGGCUUUCAAAGCAGAUAUUGAAGUUCGGAAUCUUAAGAUAGAGCUUUCUAGGUUAGAAGCUGAAAAGGAAGCUGGUCAUGUUCGAUACAAGCAGUGUCUUGAUAUGAUAUCAUCAUUAGAAAAUAAAAUCUCACUUGCUGAAGAAAACGCGAAAAUGCUCAACAUGCAAAUCGAAAGAGCUGAAAGUGAAGUUAAAGCGCUAAAAGAUGCUAUUGCUAAGCUGAAAGAAGAGAAAGAUACUAUGGCUCGGCUGUAUGAGCAGUGCUUGGUAACGAUUGCCGAGUUGGAGAGUGAAAUUUCUCGUGCCCAGGAGGAUGCAAAACGAUUAAACAAUGAGAUUGUAGUCAGCGGUGAAAAAUUGAGAAGCGUGGAAGAACAACGUGCUCUGCUGGAGAAAUCGAAUCAAUCUCUACUAGUAGAGGCCGAUAAUCUGGUGCUGAAAAUAGCGAUUAAGGAUCGUGAACUUUCGGAGAAGCAAAACGAGUUGGAGAAACUUCAGACAUCAUUGCAAGACGAGCAUUUACGAUUUGUGCAAGUCGAGGCUACACUGCAAACUUUACAAAUGUUGAAUUCGCAAUCUCAAGAGGAGCAGCGAGUUUUGACAUCGGAGCUCUUGAAUAAGCUUCAAAAGUUAAACGAGUUGGAAGCAAGCAACCAAAAAUUGGAGGUAGAAAUUGAUCAAGUGCAGUGUGAAAACCGGAGCCUCAAUGAAUUAAACAGUUCUGCCACUGUUUCAAUGAAGAAUUUAGAAGAUGAAAUUCUCGGCUUGAAGGAACUGAAAGAAAAACUUGAAAGUGAGGUUGCAGUACAAAUGGAACGAAGUAAUAUCCUCCAGCAAGAAGUUGACAAAUUGAAGGAUGAAAUCGAGGUUUUGAGUAGCGCAUACCAGGCAUUAAUUCAACAGCUGCUGUCUGCAGGUUUAAAUCCCGAAUGUCUUGAACUGUCAGUGAAGGAAUUACGGGAGGAGAACUCUAAACUGAAGGAAGAAUUCAGCAAGCAAAGAGGGGAGACCGAAGUUCUUUACAAGAAACUGAGAAGCAUGGAUGAUCUUCUGGAGAAGAAUGCUGUUUUGAGAAGUUCAGUGUCGGAAUUGAAUGGGAAAUUGGAAGGGUCGAGGGAGCUUGUUGGGGAAUUACGGAAGUCCAGUGAGUUUCUUUGGGGAGAAAAAUCUUCACUUGCCGCUGAGAAAUCCAUUCUUCUUUCUCAGUUACAGAAGAUGACUGAGAAUAUGCAGACGCUCUUUGAGAAAAACAGAUCAUUGGAAAGUUCCCUUUCUGGUGCUAAUAUCGAGCUUGAAGGCUUGAGAUCAAAGUCAAAGACCUUAGAAGAAUUCUGCCAGUAUCUCAAAAACGAGAAAUCCGUUCUUACUGGUGAAAGAGACAGCCUGAUCUUGAAGCUCGAGGAUGUUGAAAAGAGGCUAUGCAUCCUUGAACUCCGAUUUGAUAAACUGGAGGAAAAAUAUUCUGACCUGGAGAAGGAGAAAGAUUUGACACUCUCUCAGGUAGAGGAACUACGGGAUUCCCUCGGUGCGGAACAACAAGAGCGUGCCUGUUAUGUGCAGUCAAGUGAAUCACGGUUAGUGGAUCUCGAAAACCAUGUCCAUUUACUACAAGAAGAAAGUAGGUUCCGGAGAAAAGAGUUCGAAGAAGAAAUUGAUAAAGCUGUCAAGGCUCAGGUUGAGAUCUUCAUCUUCCAAAAGAUCAUAAAAGAUCUCGAGGAAAAAAACUUGUCUUUGUUGAUUGAAUGUCAGAAACAUGUCGAGGCGUCCAAAUUGUCGGAUAAACUAAUUAGGGAGUUGGAGAGUGAAAAUCUUGAGCAGCAGAUAGAAGGUGAAUUCCUAUUGGAUGAAAUCGAGAAACUAAGAUCCGGGAUUUAUUUAAUUUUCCGAGCUCUUGAGUUUGGUCCUGUUAACAAACAUCGGGAUGUAGUUGAAUCAGAUCAAGUUCCUCUUUCAUGCAUUCUGGAUAAUGUUGAAGACAUAAAGAGUUCACUAUCGAGAAACCAGGAAGAGAAGCAACGACUGGUAGUUGAGAACUCGGUGCUGUUAACUUUAAUCGGACAACUUAAAUUCGAGGGCGGUGAACUUGAGUCUGAGAACCGAGCCCUUGAGUAUAAGUUCGAGAUUGUGGAAAAGCAGAAUGCGAUGCUGCAGAAAGACAAGCAGGAGCUUCAAGAGAUGAACCAGCAGUUGAUGUUGGAAGUGCGUGACGGAAAGAUUGUGAAAGAAAUAUUAAACGCAGAAUUGGAGAGUGAACGUGGAAAGUUGAAGAGCAUGCAUGGAGCUUGCUUGUUAUUAGAGGAGGAAAAUUCCAAGCAGCUCGAAGAAAACAGACUUUUGCUCGAGAAAUUCUCGGACCUCAAAGAGGAUAUGUGUGUUCUUGAAGAUGAGAACAGUGUUGCCCUACAAGAAGUGGUAGCCCUUAGUAGUCUCUCUCUCAUUUUAGAGACCUUUGGUGCCGAAAAAGCCGUUGAAAUCAAGAAAUUGGAGAAGAAGUUGAACAAGAAAGAAGCUGAAAUCUCGGAAUUGAGUGAAACGGUUCAGAAGUUACACAAUGAACUAGAUGGUGUCAAAGAUUUGAACGACCAAUUAGAUUUUCAAAUUGUUAUCAGUAAUGAUUUGCUAAAACAGAAGACCAUCGAGCUUUCAGAAGCAGAUGAAAAGCUUCAGGCCGCACAUAACUUGAAUGCGGAACUGUACCAGACUCUCGAGGAACUGAAGAGGGAAUAUGAGGAAUCUAAACAGAUUAGAGAAAACUUAGAGAGGCAGAUUGUUGAACUAUCGGAAGAUAACAAAGAACAGAAAAUGGAAAUCGAACACCUUCAUGAAGCAAAUGACAAUUUGGGUUCCAAAGUUGUUACAUUACACAAGGAAAUCGAAGAAAAAAAGAUGUAUGGACAAAACCUGAGUCUAGAGCUACAAGAAAAAAGCAAUGAGUUCGAGCUGUGGGAAGCUGAGGCUGCAUCAUUUUACUUUGAUUUCCAGGCUUCUGCCGUUUGUGAAGUUCUACUCGAAAAUAAGGUGCACGAACUUACUGAAGUUUGUGAGACACUCGAAGAAGAAAGUGCUGUAAAGAGUGCACAAAUAGGACAGAUGAAGGAAAGGGUUGAGUUCUUGGAAAGUGAAAUCGGAGGGUUGAAGGUCUCGACGUCUGCCUAUGUUCCGGUCAUAGCUUCACUGAAAGAUAGUAUAAUAUCCCUCGAGCAAAUUGCCCUUCUUCAGCCAAAGCUUUGUGUUCCAAACGGGGACGAAGAUAAGGAUGUAGAAAUGGUUGAUGAACUUUAUGUGAUGAGCUCGGAGAAACUCGAAGAAGGACAAAGUGCGUUUUUGACAGCUGGGAUUUCAGACUUGCAGGAGAUGUGCACUAAGGUUAAAGCAGUCGAAAAGGCUGUGGUGCAAGAGAUGAAUAGGCUUGUGAAGCGGAAAAGUAACAAGAACAGCCACGAUAUUGAUGCUUCAUCUAAAGCCAUCAAGCCCUCUAAUUCAGAAAUGAAGAAAGGUAUGCAAGUUGGUGAUGAGGUUGCUCGAAAACUCAAGUCGAAGAAGAUGAAACCUGAAAUUUCUGAAUUGAGAAAUGGAAUAUUGUUGAAAGAUAUUCCCCUGGAUCAUGUCUCUGAUUCUUCAUUAUACAGGAGGAGCAAGAGUAAGAAAGAGACCAGCACAGCUGAUGAUCAAAUGCUUGAACUAUGGGAGUCUGCUGAGCAUGAAUGUGGUGUUGAUUCAAAAACCAAUGACAUGCAGGUACGGGCUUUUGUACCGGGGGAGAUCAUUGCUUGUCAUCAGUCCAUUGAUCUAGAACCGGAAAACGAGAGUUCUUUGGGAGCAUUGGUGGAGAAAGAGUUGAGCGUUGAUAAGUUAGAGAUAUCUACCAGCAUUAGAGAGCCAAAGAAACAAGCUAAAAACCGAAAGGUCUUAGACAGACUUGCUUCUGAUGCUCAUAAAUUGAUGGCUCUUCAAACCUCUGUCAAACAACUGAAAAAGAGAAUGGAAAUCAAGAAGAGGAAGAAGGCAUUCGAUUUAGAAUACGGACAAGUCAAAGAACAAUUGCAAGAGGUGGAGGAUGCAAUCAAGGAGUUGUGCAACGUCAAUGGUGAAUUGACCAAGGAUGUCGAAGGGAGUUCAUCUUUAGACGGAACAAACUCAAUGGAAUUGGAAGGACCUGGAAAGGGCAACUUGAAAAAGGUACGUGAGCAGGCACAAAAAGGGUCUGAAAAGAUCGGAAGGUUGCAGUUCGAGGUGCAGAGCAUUGAGUACGUUAUGCUGAAACUAGAAGAUGAAAGGAAGAACAAAGGGAAAACCCGAACCGGUGUCCUCUUAAGGGACUUUAUCUACAAUGGUGGAAGACGGGGUGGAAGACGAAAGAAGGGUUGUUUUUGUGGGUGUGCAAGACCUUCUUCCAGUAUAGACUGAGGCUAAGCAUAUACAGACAAAAAAAAAAGGCCCUGUUGUUGCUUGAUAAGAUUCAAAGCAUGCCUAAUUUUCAAGGAAUUUAUAUGCUUAGAAACUGUUUUUAGAGCAAAUUAUCACUUCUAGAAUUAGGCCCUGAUGUAAUCAGUUAAUAAGCUGUAUACAGCACUCUAUCUAGUAAUUUUGAGUAAACAAUGACAAACUAGUAGAACUUGUUAUA